AUGGCGUCCCAAACGAAGAGUCAACGAUACGAAAAGCGAUCUACUCGGACGGAGUUUAGGUCAACUUCAACUCCAAAGGCUUCUUCAUCAUCACCUUCAAAAUCAGGAUCUUUAUUGAGUCCAACGAAAAUAUCAAGGCACGAAGAAAAAGAAGAGCUGAUCGGGCUCAACGAUCGCCUCGCAACUUACAUUGAUCGAGUUCGUCAACUCGAAUUUGACAAUGGACGACUUCAAGUUCAAAUUUCUUCCUUUGAAGAAACACAAACCAGGGAAUUGGAUAGCGUGAAAGAAUUGUACGAAAAGGAAUUAUCUGAUGCCCGAAAAUUGCUUGAUGAAACAGCUGGAGAAAAGGCGAAAUUGCAGAUUGAAUGUGGGAAGUACAAGACGGAGCUCGACAAUUUGAGACCAAGAGUUGGAAAGCUCGAGAAAGAAUUGAAUGCAGCAAACAAGCGUGUAUCUGCACUCGAGGCCCAGAUCGCUGAUAAAGAUGGUAGGAUCCGCUCUCUCUCCAAUGACAAGCGUUCUCUCGAAGAGGAACUCAAUGAGCUCAAGAAGGACCUUGGUAACAAGGAGAAACAGCUCAAAGUGGCCAAGAAACAAGUUGAGGAGGAGACCCUUCUUCGAGUGGACCUGGAGAACAGGAUCCAGAGCCUGAAGGAAGAGCUCGCCUUCAAGGAGCAGCUCUACAAGGAGGAAUUGAAGGAGACACGCACCAGGCGUCAGGUGGACAUGUCUAGCAUCGAGGGUCAGAGCAUCGAGGAGCUCAACAACUCCCUCUUUGAGAGCCUCCAGGAGCUCAGGGAGCAGACCUCUGAGCAGACCACCCUUCUCCGCCAGGAGACAGAGUCCCUCUACUUCAGCAAGUUGGCUGAUCUGAAGGCUCUGGCAGAGCGUCACAGGAAUGAUGCCGUCAACUCUCAGGAUGAGGUCCGCAAGCUCCGAAGCACUGUUGAUGACCUCAACUCUGAGAUUACCACCAUCCGUGCCCAGAACGAUGCCCUGAUCGCCCGUAUCAAGGACCUUGAGAAACAGCUCCGCCAGGAGCAGGAUGAUCACCUUGAAGCAAUCACCCUGAGGGACAAGGAGCUUCAGCAGCUCCGUGAUGCUGUCGCUGAGCAGCUCAGGGACUACGAUGAUCUACUGAACAUUAAGCUCAGUCUCGACAACGAGAUCGCUACCUAUCGCAAGCUUCUGGAGGGAGAGGAAACCAGGCUGAGAAUCUCCACACCCCCUCGCAAGACAAAGGCUGCAUCCAGGGACCCCAGGCCAAGCAAGAGACGUCGUGUGGAAGACGAAUCCAGCAUCACCCAGAGCGCCACCAACAGUGGUGUCGUGGCCAUCGUAGAGAGCGACCCUGAAGGAAAAUUUGUGAAGCUGCACAAUAACUCUGAAACGGACCAAGCAUUGGGCGGCUGGCACCUGAAGCGCAGUGCUGACGGUGGCAGCGAACAGUCCUACAAGUUCACAAGCAAAUACGUCCUGAAGGCUGGCCAGGAGGUGACUGUCUGGGCCUCUGGCAGUGGCAAGUCCCAAAGCGCACCCACAGACCUGGUCUUCAAGAACACAGAGUCUUGGGGCACCGGGGACAAUGUGGAAACCACUCUGGUUGAUGCUUCUGGGGAGGUGAUGGCAACUCGCACAGUGAUAAAGGAAGUCACAACACACGAAUACAGAGAGGGUCGAGAAGACAGAUGCACCCUAAUGUAACGUGUACUGAUGAAACUACGACAGCACUUUUUAAUCACUGUAGAAUUCAACAUUACCACUCGUAUCAUUAUAAUCGUCACUUGCGAGGUUUUAAGAGUAGUUUUGUACAAAUUUUUUGUAGGUAUUAAAAAGUUGCAGAGGAUGUCCUAGUUUUGCACUUGGUCAACAAUCAAUCAUGUUUAAUCAACUAGUAAAUGGAAACUUUUAACCAGCUGCUUUUUAUACUUCUACUCGUAGCAGAGUGAUCAUGCCUUGGAUGAUUCAAAUGUUAUUUAUCCAAUGUUAACAUUGUAGGAACAAUCACAGAUGGGUUAUUUUGGGGGAAUUCUGUAUAGACCUUACUGCUCAAAUUUCAUGAACUGGAAAUGUUGAAAUGCCAUGUUUGUCAAAGUUUGUAUCCUGAUGAAAAUCCAUAAUCUUAUAUCAAGGGCACACAUCCAUAAUAUUGGAUGCUCCGCAAUUAUUACUCUGGUUUUAGCAUGGCAGUGAUUAUGAUGCUCAUGCAUUCCAAAGCUUACGUCAUAUAAAAACUAAUGGAUCGCUAUCAUGUUUGUAUCAAGGUUUUUGGCAUGUGUUGUAGAAAUCAAAUGUCUUUGUGGUUCCGAUCAACGUAUGAAAGCUAAUUGCAGUAAAAUAUUCUUGAGAACAAUGGCAAUGUCAUUUUACCUUCUUACCCAUACCAUAAAAAUCAUGAAGAGGUAAAUGCUUUUUUUUUUCUGGUCAUGCUUGAUUAAGUCUUGUCUCAGGUUAUUUAGUAGUUAGACUUUGGAUUCGGGAAAAAAAAAUCCGUAUUGCUUGACCUGGAUCCCCUUUUAAAAUAUGAUAUAAUCAUGAACAGGCAAAUGCUUUCAAGUUAAGUUAGGAAAAUGCAUAAAUCUUCAAUGAUUAUUGAAUAAGAGAGACGAUCUCCAUAUAUAUCUCCAGUGUCAUUGCAUCAUAGACAUCAUGGUUCCAUAACGUAAAGCCUAGUGGCUGAUUGUAUGUAUGAUGGAUCUUUGUUAUUAAUGGUACAUUGUAAUCAAUGCAAUCAGUGUAAAAAAAAAUUUAUGAUCAAACACCCUGCUUUUUGUUAUGGAACACUGGCAUUAUGUUCAUGAAAUUUUUGGUCAUUUUCCAAAUAUUACAAACGUAAUAUCGACCCAAAAUCUUUCUCUUUAUCAAAGGCUGAAAUAGGCAGGUUUCUACAUGUUUGUGUGUUUGACAUAGUAUACUGACAAUUUUACGGUACUAGUUCUUUGAAGUUAAUGAGAGAAAAAAAAUUUGGUAACGCCAUAUUUGCAGACAUGAGAAUCAUGAAUGCUAAGACUUUGAAUGAAUUAACCAUUUGCUAUUUCUGAUGCCAUACUUACCACUUUGUGUUGCAAUUGAAUAUCACAGUGUCAUUUUUACUGCAUAACCAUACUGAAAUUGCCUGCCGAUUUAAUUGAAAAUCUGUAAUAAUUCUGUAAGAGAUCUACUUAAAACAUCAAAUAAAUGUACACCGCGGCAACAGAGGAGUUUCUCCAUUUCCCUUGUGAGUUGCUAGUGUGUUUUUUUUUCUUCUGAUUAUGCUUUCAUAAUGAAUAUCAAAAUCAUUUGAAUGUGUAUUGAAAGAAAUUGAAUAUCAAACAGUGACAUUUUGGAAACUGCAAGUUUGCCCAGAGCACUGCUCCUUAAAAAAAGGAUAUUUCUAUCUUGUUGUUCUGGUGCAUUGAUCCAAAAAUUUUGUUGCAGAUUUAAGAAACAGGCUCGUGUAUUAACAGUGACUUGGACAACUCCAAUACAAAAUGAAAAUGAUCUUAUCCUUCCUAUUUUAAGGUUCGACACCCUCUCCCCUUUGAAGCUCAACAAUUUUAUUGUAAAUUGUAUAUAGUUGUAGUGAUUAAUUCUCUUUUUAGUUGUUUUGAUAAUCAGCAUCUUAUUUAUACACAUUUCUUAACUAAUUGAUAUUACUCAUACUUUUGAAAUCAGAUUGUCAGUGUUUGUCUAGAUUUAUUUGUUAAGUUUGAAAUUGUUGAAUGUAAUCUACGGAACUUAUUUGAUGCUACUUAGGAUAGCAGUAUGAACACUAUCAGAAACAACUAAAUUCCAACUUGAAUUAAACAUGAUAAAACUUUGUUCGUCAUCCGUAUAUUUUUAAUUAACAUCUUCUGUUAUGUAGUAAUAUAUUCAUGUAUGUUGCUGUUUGAAAUAAUUCUUGGUCGUCUUAUUAUGGAGAAUAUAUUUUGAUAAUCAGUUAGAUGUCUGGUUUUGUGACUAAAAUACUUGUGCAAGAUUUGUUAAAGAACUAUGUGUAUUCAGUGAAUAUGUUAUUGCAGUAUACUCCUUAACAUUUCUUUGUUGGCAUUAGUGGUGAGCACUUGAAAAUUAAAGAAUUAAAAAAUGAUCAGCAAAUUUUACACUUUUCUAUUUUCCUGAAAUGUAUGUUCUAAUUAAGAUUAUGUAUUUCACUUGCCUUUUCGACAGUAUGACUGGAUAUAUAGGGUUUAGACAGUAGGUUAUCUGCUGUAAAACAGCUAAGUGCAUAAUAAAAAUGCUAUGAAAGUAGUCUAUAUAUAGGUUGUCAUUUUCAGUUUUUAUAUGUUUUCUUAUGUAAAUAGUAGCAGUUUUAAAUUAGAAGUAACCAUAUGUAGCCUGAUUAUGUUAUAUCCUUGUUUUUAGUACUUUUUGUGUAAAUAUUAGUGAAUGUGAGAGACAUAAGUAAGGGUUUUUUAGUCACUUUAAUACCACUUAUGGUUGAUAUAUUUGCUUCUAGUUAAUGUCAGCUAGGUGCUUUUAUAGAUUUUUACAAAUGCAUCUAUGUGGAGAAAGAAAAAAAAUGCAUGCAACCCAAGUACAUAAGCAUACAAUAAGAAAUAAGUUAUGACAGCAAUCAUUUUAAAAGGCAUCUGAAAUGAUAUGAAGCGAGCUUCUAUUCUGUUUGACUCUUAAGUAGGAAAUCAACAUUUGUGCUUUUAAAAAAAUCUCACUUUGUAGAUGAAGCCAUGUGUAUCGGAUUGGUUUGUCUUUAAUAUUUCAGAUGGCUUGAAUCCUAAAUUUGUCUUAUUUGUUAAUUGCACAUGUGUGAUGCAAACAUUACCAUAUUCUUCAGUUAAAAUGAUCAUCAUGAUCAUCUUCUGAAUAAAAAUACAAAUUUGUAAUUCCAGGAUUUGUACAUUUAAUGUCAAUUGUCAUAAACAUUUGCUUCUUCAUAAACUUUACUUGAGAACAUGCCACAAUAACUUGACUGUGUCAGGUUUAAAGUGAAAAUGUCGAAUUUCUGUUUGAAUAAUAUUUACCUGGAACUUUGUGUACUGAAAUGCUUCUUGUCCUGCACCUCAAACUGAAUUCAUUGCUGUCGAUUAUCAGGGUUUGUCAAAUUUUCAAUAAAGAACCAGAACUGUA